UUUUCUCUUUUGCCACUUUACUUUUGCAGCCAGGGACACAAUUUGUAUCAACGCUUCUAAAGAUCAGAUUCUCGCUCUGUAUUGACAAAUUAUGGGGCUGUUUAGGACUGGGUGAUUUAGAGAUCUGGCUGUCCUUCGGACUCUAGUUCUUAAAUGGCGGAGGAUUGCCCCCACAUCUCUGCCAGCAGUUUGGGCCAAGAACGCACUGCAUCCUGCUUGGCCCAGUGUUUCCCUUCCCAAUUAGCACGAUGACAGACGCCCAGGAACCAAGAGAAUACGGCGUCUACGGACCGGGAACCUACGCAGAUCAAACAUUCACGACGGUGCCUGAUGACACCGAACGCAUCUUUCGGCUUCUCGCGUCUCAGACACCAGGCUUCACGCAGGACGAGGCGCUCUUGUCCAAAGUCCGGUUUGUGGGAGAGGAGUAUCCCGUCCUCCCAGGCCCAAUCAAAGCCGUGUCGGUUGCUGCAGCGGUGCAUGCCAUGGCUGGCGUCAUCGCGGAUGAAAUACUUGCCAUGCGAGGUCUGGAGAACAAGGCCCGCGAGGUAACGAUCAGCACAACGCAUGCAGCGUUUUGGCUAGGCACAGCGGCAGUUUUAUAUCUGGACGGACAGAGCUUGGCAUCUCUUGGCCAGCAGAAGAAGCUCAAGUCGUUGCUGCCGGACUGGGAGCGAGGUUGGCACUCAACUCCUCUCAAGCUGCGCGCAACGGGCAUCUACCCAACCCGCACGCCGGAUGUCUGGUAUUGCCUGCACGGGUCUAUGAACGUGCCGCCAAUGCUGCGGUCGCUCGGCAUUGACCCGGGCGAGCCGGGCAUCGACACCAACGACAAGGCGGCUGCGCACAUUGCGGCCGUCGCGGCGCAGCACAGUGCCGAGGAGCUCGAAAUGCGCAACUUGCUCGGCGGCUUUUGUGGAAGCAUAUGCUUCACGCCCCAGGGUUGGGCUGAUAGCCCCAUGGGCAAGGCGCUGGCUGCGCAUCCUCUCGUCAAUGUCAGGCCGCAGACGCACUCGCAACACACCGCCCCGGUUCCAUUUCCCCCUCUUCCGCGGCCGACGGAAGGCGGUGAUGGCAUAGCGGAGGACAACCGACCACUGGCUGGGAUCAAAGUGGUAGAGUUGACGCGGGUCAUCGCAGGUCCACAGAUUGGUGCCAUGCUCGCGGCGUUUGGCGCCGACGUGAUACGCGUUAGCGCCCCGCAUCUACCAGACCUCAACACGCUGCAACUCACGCUCAACGCCGGCAAGCAGACUGUAGGGCUGGAUCUGCGAGACGCCGGCGACCGGGCACGUCUGCAGACACUUGUCGAACAGGCCGACGUGUUCGUGCAGGGCUUCCGGCCGGGCCGACUCGCCGCGGCACCGUACAACCUCGGGAUAGAGGACCUACUCGGCAUGGCGGCACGCCGUGAUCGCGGCAUCGUCUAUGUCAGCGAGAGCUGCUACGGGCCUGACGGCUACUACGCAGAGCGGCCCGGGUGGCAGCAGGUCGCAGACUGCGCUGCCGGCGCCGCCCACGUCACGGGCCGUGCGCUCGGCUUGUCCGGCAGCGAGUGCGUCCUGCCGCCGCUACCCAUCAGCGACAUGACAGCCGGCGCUGUCGGCGCGGUCGGCGCCAUGCUGGCACUGCGGGACCGCGCGCGCCACGGCGGCAGCUACGCUGUGCACUCGGCGCUCGUUGCCGCGAACACGUAUGCCCUGAGCCGAGAGGUCGGCCUGUACGCCCCGGAGACUGUCCGCGUGUGCCAGCAGCGCUUCCGGUGGCCGGAGAUGCGCGCGCACCACCAUGUCUUGGACCUCCUACAGAUGGUAUGGCACGGGUGGACGGCCACGGAGCCCCUGACGAGCUAUCUUCGGGAGGACAGCGGGUGGUUCCAGACUUUUGAUGAAAGCGCGUUCACGGCCGGGGACGGGAAGAGGCUGCGCCUGAGCAUCCUGCGGCCUGUCGUCAGGUUUGUUGUGGACGGCGAGGAGGAGGCCGGCGUCGAGCCCCGCUGGUUGUCGCCGAGCGUGCUGCAUGCGCACCAGAGCAAAGACCUAGUCGGGUUCAAGUAGGAUUUCAUUGCCCGAGACGACAUGGGAAGAUGCGUGCAUCCAUGCUUCGUGUCGCUUCUCAGAACUGAAAGAGUUUCAGUCCGAGUGUCCCGGCACUUUCAAGAUUGUUAGGGCAACAAUUUGCAGUGUGAAUACUUGUUUUCGCAUUGCCGAUUAUGAGAACCUCUCAGGGCCAAGGGCCAACAACGGUUGUGGUACACGCCAAGAGGCAACGUCAUGCGAA